AUGUCGACAGCUCUUAGCGCCAAGAACAAAACUGCAUUCGCAAUAGGAGCCUUAAAAAAGCCGAAUGAUGAUGAUCCUUUGGUGAAUGCUUGGAUUAGGUGCAAUGAUAUUGUAUUUUCUUGGUUUAAAAAUUCUCUUUCUAAAAUGGUAGCUUCCAGUAUUUUGUACAUGACAACUGCAGCUGAUGUAUGGAAGGAUUUACAUGAGAGAUUUUCCCAAAGUAAUCGACAUAAGGUUUUUCAACUUCGAAAAGCUCUCUCUGUGCAUAAUCAAGAAAAUAGUUCUGUUAUUGACUAUUUUACCGAAUUGAAGAGCCUUUGGAAUGAAUUACUGAGUUUUAAGCCAAUACCGGCAUGUGGAUUUACAUCUAUGAAGACAUUGAUAGAUGAUCAUGAGGAACAGUAUGUAAUGCAAUUUCUGAUUGGACUAAAUGACUCUUACUCACACAUAAGGGGUCAGGUCUUGUUAAUGGAUCUUUUGCCCUCCAUUAAUAAUGUAUUCUCAUUGAUUUUACAAGAAGAAAAGCAAAGAGGUCUCUCUAAUGGCAGCACGCAACAUUUGAGUACUUCUACUGCUUUAGUCUCCAAAACCAGCACUGGUAAUUCCAAUUUGAAGGGCAGUGGAAGACGACACGAACAGCCAGUUCGAAAAGACAAGGUGAUAUGCAAUCAUUGUGGAUAUAUAAGCGAUACUGUUGACAAAUGUUAUAAGAUCCAUGGCUACCCGCCAGGUUGGAAAUCCAACAAGAACAAAUUAUCUGUUAGUGGAGCCGUGAAUCAAGUAAGUGCUGAUCGGAAUACUUAA